AUGGCGCCGCUGCUGCUGAUUAGCCGUCCGAAUUGGCUCCGUCGACCCAUCUAUCAUCGUGUCGACGAUCAAAAACGCCGACGUGGCGGGAUAAAUUACGGGACGACGAUGGCGAAUAAUAAUUACGCGACCGGCAGACAGGCGAACAAGCAAACGAACGGCGCACAAAAACGGUUCUUCUAUAUCAGCAGCGAACCAAUGAGGCUGGCAACACCGCAGAGCCGCCACGACCUGAAUUACGCAAGAGAAACGAUCGAGCACGUGCCACCUGAACCUCCAUCAUAA